AUGCAGACUCCCCCGAAGCAAGAGCCGCAAGUCGCCAAGAAGAAAACAAUCCCGCCCGGUGUCUCAUUAGCUGCAGGUGCCGUGGCUGGUGCAGUCGAAGCCACCUCCACUUACCCAUUUGAGUUUGCAAAAACGCGAGCUCAGUUAAGUCAAAAGAUUGCUGGUGGGGUUUCAGUUCCUGUAUCUAAGAAUCCUCUGGCCGUGAUACUACAAACGGCUCGUCAGGAUGGGGUUCGAGCCAUCUAUACAGGUUGCUCAACUUUGAUUCUAGGCACUGCCUUCAAGGCCGGCGUUCGCUUCUUGUCAUUUGACACCAUAAGGAACCUUCUUGCGGACUCGAAUGGAACAUUGUCCCCGACGCGAGGCAUCCUCGCUGGCAUGGUUGCGGGCGUGGUGGAGAGCGUAGUCGCGGUCACUCCCACAGAACGCAUCAAGACUGCUCUUAUCGAUGACGCAAGGUCAUCAGCGUCUCGUCGUUAUAAUGGCGGAUUCCACGCGCUCCGGACCAUCAUGGCGGAAUCUGGCGUCAAGGAGGUUUAUCGUGGCCUUGUCUCUACGACCAUGAAGCAGGCGGCCACAUCAUCAACACGCAUGGGCUCGUACAACAUCAUCAAGGAGAUUGUCGCCUCGCGCACUAACAUUAAGGAUACAAAGAAUCCAGCACUCACGUUCGGAAUGGGGGCCACAGCCGGCGUCAUUACUGUAUACGUGACCCAACCGUUCGACACCAUCAAGACGCGCGCCCAGGGAGCCAAGGGUGCCUCGACAAUGGAAGCCCUGCGAGACGUAUUGAAAGACGGAGGUGUGCGAGCCUUCUGGAGGGGAAGCUCCAUGCGACUCGGCCGGCUGAUCCUCAGUGGGGGAAUAGUGUUCACGGUCUACGAGAACGUCGCUGCCCUUCUCAUGGCCACGAGGACCCACAGUCAGGUCCAGUGA